CGGUAUAUUUGAUCGAUAAAUAAACUCAUGAACGCGGACAUGUUUGAGCAUUCGGUUCGAUGAUGAUUGCGUUUCCAUACAAAAAUCAGCGUCAAGCCCCAACUAGAGAGUCUUUUUCCGUUAGCAAUUUAAAUAAGAACUGCGAGUGGCCGGAACAACAACAAAAGCGUCCGAGUGUUGAAUUUAUAAACAAAAAAUAAAUAUUUUUUUUACCAAAAUCUGUUGCAGCGCUGAAUAAAAAACAGAGAGAGUGCAAACCCAAUCGGGUAUUUUUUUUUAAUCCCACGGCGCCCACAGCACCGACUUUUACGGACCAACAAGAAAGAGCGUGCCAACUGUUUUUGUUUUUUUUUGCGCUUCGUGUCUCUCUGGUUUUGCUCUGCCGUUCGUGGGCUUUCCCUCGGUGGAAAUUCGGUUUUCCGUGCGUUGUUUGUUGCCAUCCAUCGGUCGUCGCGGAGUGCAACUACGGAAUACGGAAUACGGAAAGCGAGUACGAAGCGGAUUCGAAAGCAAAACAGCAAGCGCCAAGAGGAAGCGAGAAACGCGGCGACAAAUUGAUUUUUUUUCGUGCGAGGACGGGAAAAGUGAAGAGAGUUCAAAAAUUACAUAAAGAAGGAGACAAAGAGAAGGUGGACCUCGUAAUUGCAGGUGAAAGAGGGUCAACGAGGUCACGCGGAGGACUUGUUCCAGCAUGCACGUCGUAUACGUGAUGUAAGAGAGAAGGCAGAAAAUCAAGAGUACGAGACAGAAAGAGAGAAACAGUAGAACGGAGGAGCGAGUGGAGCGAGAGGAGCGUGAGGAGCGAGAGGAGCCAGAGGAGCUAGAGGCACGGAGAGGGAGCAGCAGGGAAGGCAAAGUGAAUCUCUUCCAGAGCACAAUGUCAUCGAUCUCGGCCCAGGGCGUGGUCGAGCGGGCCUCUGCCGAACUAUCGAAACGCAUCAACGGUCUGGGACUCCGAUCAAAGCACCACCACAGCAGCGGCAGCGGCAGCGGCAGUGCCAGUGGCGACGGCGCCUCCUCCAAUUCCACGUCCAGCACGACCGCGUCCAGCGGCAAGACCUCGGUGAUGGAGCGCGUCACGAACGCCCUUUGUGGCGGUGGCAACUCCAAUGCCAACGCCAACGCCAACUCCAAUUCCAAUUCCAGCAGCGGCAGCGGCAGCAACACCUCCUCUGCGGCAGCAGCAGCCGCCACUGCCGCGAGUAAUGCCAAUGCCCCGCCCACCCCCGACAAGCCAUCGCGGGGCAGCCAGAGUCCCGGCACCGUCGCACCACAGCCGCAGCCGCUGGUGCCACCGCCGGCCAGUAGCGUGCCGGCAACGCUCAACCCGACCUCGACCGCGGCCCUCCUCAUGCAACAGCAGCAACAGCAACAGCAGCAGCAACAGCAGCACCAUCAGCUGCAGGCACAGAUGGCCGGCUCCACGCUGAUCAACUCGAAUCACCACUUGGCCAUGUCCCCAGGGGGAUCGGGACCGGUCCCGCCACCAUCGGGAUUGCCACUCGGAGCCCCACCAGCACCGACGGUCAAGUCGAUCGCCAAGCAGAUGAACAUCCAGAUUCCGGGCGUCGGUGUCGGUGUCGGCGCUGGCGCGGGCUCCGGCUCGCCCACAUUCAGCACCAUGGGCAUGGUGGCGGCCCAGAAGGCGGCCGCCGGAGGAGGGACGCCGCUGCAGCUGCGCAAGCAGCUGCCCAAUCCCCACCUGCACCAUCCGUACGGCAAUGUGGUCGUACCGGGUGUCCCGGGCUCGGGCUCGGGCCCGGUGCAGGCUUCCCAGUUGGUCGCCGUCGCCGCCACCCAGUCCACGCUGAUCCUCCACAAGCACCCGCACCCGCCUCUCAUCCACAGCAUCGACGCCCUGCUGCUCGACGACCGCUUCCUGAAUCGCUUUUUCCAGUACUUUUCGCCGUACGAGCGGCGCGUCCUCGCCCAGGUCUGCAUCAAGUGGCGGGACAUACUGUACCGCAGCCCCCGCUACUGGUCCGGCCUGCUGCCGACCCUGCAGUGCCGCGAGCUCCGCCAGAUGCCCGGCUGCGACCGCGGCAAGCUCUACAACUCGCUCAUCCGUCGCGGCUUCCAUGCUCUCGGCCUGGUGGGCGCCUCCGAUGAGGAUGCCCUGGACGUGGUGCACUCCUUCCCGCUCGCCUCCAAGCACGUCCACUCGCUCAGCCUGCGCUGCUCCUCGAUCAGCGAUCGCGGCCUGGAAACCUUGCUCGAUCAUUUGCAGAGCUUGUUUGAACUGGAGCUGGCUGGAUGCAAUGAAGUCACCGAGGCUGGACUGUGGGCGUGCCUGACGCCCCGCAUCGUGUCCCUGUCGCUGGCGGACUGCAUCAACAUCGCGGACGAGGCCGUGGGGGCGGUGGCCCAGCUGCUGCCCUCGCUGUACGAGUUCUCGCUGCAGGCCUACCACGUCACGGAUGCGGCCCUCGGCUACUUCUCGCCGAAACAAAGUCACAGUCUGAGCAUACUACGCCUGCAGUCGUGCUGGGAGCUGACCAACCAUGGCAUCGUGAAUAUCGUGCACUCGUUGCCGCAUCUGACGGUGCUGAGCCUCUCCGGCUGCAGUAAGCUAACAGACGAUGGAGUCGAGCUGAUUGCCGAGAACCUGCAGAAGCUGCGCGCCCUUGACCUGUCCUGGUGUCCCCGCAUUACGGACGCCUCGCUCGAGUAUAUCGCCUGUGAUCUGAAUCAGCUGGAGGAGCUGACGCUGGAUAGAUGCGUGCACAUCACGGAUAUUGGCGUUGGAUACGUGUCCACGAUGCUCUCGCUCACCGCGCUCUUCCUGCGCUGGUGCUCCCAGGUGCGGGACUUCGGGCUGCAGCACCUCUGCUCGAUGCGCAACCUCCAGGUGCUGUCGCUGGCCGGGUGUCCGCUGCUGACCUCGUCGGGGCUGUCCAGCCUCAUACAGCUGCGGCAUCUGCAGGAGCUGGAGCUCACAAACUGUCCGGGGGCAUCGCACGAGCUCUUUGACUAUUUGAAGGAGCACUUGCCGCGCUGCUUGAUAAUCGAAUAAUCGAUUGAGAGAUCGCUGGUUGACACUCUGAACACUGAACACUGAAUACUGAACACUAAACACUGAACUUUACUUUACUUUCCCUUUCCCCCCAACCACUUUGGAAACUGAUUUUAGUUACGAACUGUGUAUGUAUCUAUGAGUAUGCUAAUUUGUACAUUUAUCUUUAUUCGGCAAGUUCCUAACUACCUUGCUCUUACCCUAUACCCUCCACCCUAUACCUUAUGCCUUAUGCCCAACCCCCAACCCCCACUUACUCGCGUAUAGUUUUAGAAUUUUUUUGUAUGAUUUCUGCUGUGAUUUGGAACGGAACUAAGUUAAGUUGAUCUGUUUAAGACGAUGUACCACAAAAGACCCAAAGAUGAUAUUUAUUUACAUGCAAUAUAAAUAUAAUAUGUCUAAUAUACAAAUAAAAAUAUAUUUAUAAAUAUACAUACAAUACAUUAUUUAUAUUAUGGUAGUUUUAACGGACCUUUUAUCUAUUAUAUUAUUCUCGCUGUAACUAAACAUACAGAUACAGAUACAGAUACUGAUUCAGAUACAGUCUAAUUGUAAAUUACAAAAACACGAAUGUCUGUCAAAUCGAAACGAAACAUUGCGCCCAAAAUACUACCAAAUGCUAAAAGAAUCAAAAUAUGCAAUUAAUCCACACUAGUUCAAAGAAACCAACUAAGAAAUGAAGUAAAUUUCAUUAGAAAUUAUAUGAAAAUAUUUACCAGUUUAGAAGAGCAAGAGGCAUGGCAUGCAAGACAGCUGGACUUGCUGGACAGCUUUAGAUGGAAAUGGAAUCAGAGUCCAAAACUAUACACUCCCCCGAACCGAACCGAAGCCCGACCAGGGAAACCCCCCUCCCCAAUUUGAUUGUAGUCCUGUAAUUAACGUAUGACCCGACAGCUAAACAUGUAUUUUAAGCAAAGAACCGGAAACGGAAAGUGCACGCUACUAAUGAAGUCGAAUCCCUGUGGAACAAUCCCUUUCCUUCGCGAGCAGCAUGUGCUAGUAUCAUCUAGACUACAUUUUAGAGCUGUCUGUUGUUCUUAUCAAGAGAAGCCGCAGAGCCCACUCACACACACACCUAUUCUCUACUGUAAAUGUAAAUGCUUUGAUUUUUUUUUUUUUUUUAAUUAUUAAAAUGUGAAAUCGUUUCAUGAACACUGAACAAAUGCGGAUUGCAACUGGCAAUCUAAAACCAAAAGCAAAAAACAUCUACAAGUACAUGAUAACAUAAAUAAAUGCAAAACUGAAUUUAAA